GAUUUAUUUCCCUCUGGUUUUUUCUUCUCUUGUGCGUCACGGUGGGUGACGUCAGUGAACGUAUCACGUGCGUCGCUCGGAUCAGCUGACCGCGGUGUUUCCGGGUUUAUUUCUCGGACGUCGUUUCGGUCCAGGCCCGGUUCGGUUCUGCACAGUGAUGAGCGUGUCGGACAGUGAUGAGGAGCUCUACAACGAACGGACCGCCCUGGUUCCCGCCCAGAACCCUGCGGUUCCGUCCUACCGACCCGACCCGGAGCUCAGCCCCAACGAGGACUCCGACAGUAAAACGGCCGGGCGGAGCGGCGGGCGGAGCGGCGGGCGGAGCGGUCCGGCCCCAGGGGCGGAGCCUGAGGACGAGGAGGAGGAGCCACUGAAGUACGGCGCCAAGCACGUCAUCAUGCUGUUCGUCCCCGUCACCCUGUGCAUGGCGGUGGUGGUCGGCACCAUCAAGUCCGUCAGCUUCUACUCAGAGAAGACCACGCAGCAGCUGAUCUACACGCCGUUCAGCGAGGACACGCCCGGUGGCCGCCGGCUGCUGCACUCCGUCCUCAACACCGCCAUCAUGAUCAGCGUCAUCGUGGUCAUGACCGUCCUCCUGGUGGUGCUGUACAAGAACCGCUGCUACAAGUUCAUCCACGGCUGGCUCAUCCUGUCCUCCCUCAUGCUGCUGUUCUGGUUCAGCUUCAUGUAUCUGGGAGAAGUGUUUCGAACCUACAACGUGGCGGUGGACUACCCAACAGUGGCCAUGGUGAUCUGGAACUUCGGCGGUGGCAUGCUGUGCAUCCACUGGAAGGGGCCGCUGCAGCUGCAGCAGGCCUACCUCAUCCUCAUCAGCGCGCUCAUGGCCCUCGUCUUCAUCAAAUAUCUCCCCGAGUGGUCCACCUGGGUCAUCCUCGGCGCCAUCUCUGUCUACGACCUGGUGGCCGUCCUCAGUCCAAAGGGACCGCUACGGAUGCUGGUGGAGACGGCUCAGGAGCGCAACGAACCCAUCUUCCCCCUCAUCUACUCCUCUGCCAUGAUGUGGACGGUGACGAUGGCGAACCCGGCCGAUUGCCAGCGCUCUGAAACAGGUUCAGACGAGGAGGCGGAGCUAAAUGGCGGGAGGGCGGAGCCAUCGCCGAGGGCUGAGUCGGUCCUGGAAGAGGAGAUGGAGGAGGAACGUGGGGUGAAGCUCGGCCUCGGAGACUUCAUCUUCUACAGCGUUCUGGUGGGAAAGGCUGCAGCGACUGGUGGAGACUGGAACACCACCCUGGCCUGCUUCGUGGCCAUCCUCAUCGGUCUGUGCCUCACCCUGCUGCUCCUGGCCAUCUUUAGGAAGGCGCUGCCCGCGCUGCCCAUCUCCAUUGCCUUUGGUCUCAUCUUCUACUUCUCCACUGACUUCCUCGUUCAGCCCUUCAUGGACAAUCUGGCCAAUCACCAGUUCUACAUCUGAGACCAAGCCCCGCCCACUUCCUUAUCAGUCUGUCAGGCCGUCAUCUGAUGACACAUAAAGGCCACUUCCUGUGCAGCGUUGAGGAACAGGAAGUGAUGUGAUACACCCUGUGACCUUACUGGUGGUCUGCUCAGGUGUUUGAUGUAUGUAGUUUGUCACUCUGCGAUUGGCUGAGACCUGGCCUCUGCAUCAUCGACCAGGUGACCCCAGACGCUCCAAUAGUGUGGAGCUGCAAAGUGGGUGGAGCCACCACUUUAUUACUUCUAUAUCCACUACAUUACCCACAAUCCUCAGGUCAAGAAGUCUGAUUCUUUGGACAAUUCCUGUUGAAAAGCAUCAAGGGAGUUGGAGUUUCUAUAAUGCUCACAAACAUUUAUACUUUUUUCCCCUCAAUGAGAUAUUUUAUCACAUAAUUAAAGUAUAUAAGGUAUGAAAUAGUUUUAACAGAUGGUGAUCUGCCAAAUUGAAGCAGAAAAUAAUAUUUUAUAGCAUUUGUCUGGGUCCUAGAAAAUUGAUAGUGGUGAAUAUGAUUCCCUGUCUGUGUUUGUGUAACAUUGGCCUGUCUGGGCUUCCGUACGUCUGCAAGUCGUUUCAUUUUUUACUUGUUCUGUAAAUGUUUCACAUAAACAAAUUAAAUGGAGUUUUCUGGAA